AUGAUGGAGAGAAUAGUUGCUUCAAUUAGGAAUGCGAUACGAUAUGUUCGGAGUAGUGGACAAAGGCUCGAUGUUUUUAAAAUGUGUGCAGAGAAGUAUAAGGUUGAGUCGAAGAAGGUUUGCAUCCUCGAUGUGCCAACAAGGUGGAACUCUACCUUUCUAAUGCUAGACACUGCAUUAGAGCUGCGAAAAGCCUUCGAUAUAAUGGCAGAUAAGGAGGACAGCAAGUACGACCAGUACUAUGAUGAGGAUGAAGACAUCGAUGAGGAAGAUGAUGAGCUGCAAGUUGGAGGGUCUGAUUCAAGGAAGAAACCGAAGAGAAAAAGGGUAGGGCCACUGGUUAAAGAGGAUUGGGAAAAGGCUACAGUUUUUGUGAGGUUUUUAAAGGUUUUCUAUGAUGUGACAAUGAAGAUUAGUGCCUCAAAUCACCCAACAUCAUGGAAAGCUUUUCAUGAUAUAGUGGCCAUCAAAUCGGAGAUCGAUGAAUUGUUCACUAAAUCGUAUAUGUGCACUGGUUCGGAGACUGAAAUGAUCUUAUUCGAUAUGGCUGUGAAGAUGAGAGGGAAGUUUGAUAAGUAUUUUGGGAGCUUGGAAGACAACAGUCAGCUUUUAUUCAUUGCCUUAGUGUUAAACUCAAGGUUCAAGAUCAGAAACUUUGAAAGUAUCUGCAAUAAGUGGCUGAAGAUGGAGUUUGAUGACAUUAACAAGAAGUCUGCUGAGGUUAAAGAGCUUCUAGUGUCCCUUUGUGAUCUGUACAGCCCAUCGAUGAUGUCUUCAAGGACUGGAAAUGGAAAAUCUAGAAGUACAGAGAGCUCAGUUAGCCAAGGCAGCAAAUCCAACUCCAAAAAGAAAGUUAAGGCUACUGGAAAAAUAGCCGACAUGGAACAAGAUUGGGAGAGAGAAUUAGAAGACUCCGACGAAGCUGUUGUUGGACAUGAAGUAGAUAGAUACCUAUUAGACCCGAUUGAGAAGUCUGCAAAUCCUCAAAAGUGGGAUAUAUUGGAGUGGUGGAAGAUGAAUGGUGCCCAGUAUCCUAACAUUGCUGCACUUGCCAAGGAUGUUUGGGCAAUACAAAUGAGCACAGUGGCAAAACAUGCAAGGGAGGAAUAUGCUAGUACAGUGGAUCAACCUGAAAAGCCAUCUACAUUUAAAUCAUCUAAAGCAUCAAAGAAUUCAAAGACUUGGACAUUAGGUUGGCAUUAUGGCAUCUAUUAUAUUGGAACCUGCAUUUUUGAAAUGGCUGGUAUGUGUUAUGUAGACUUGUGCAGUUGUCGAUUUGUAGUGGAGUUCAAGACUUGUGGAGCAAGGCAGCAAGCCGAGCAGCUAGAGGCUUGA